GUGAACUGGAAACCAACGUGACUCUGUAGCAGUACACGUUCCUGUGUUUAUUUAAUAUUUACGUGACAGACUGAACAUUUUGUCGGGAGUAAAGUUUGUACUUUAAUCCAACAUGACGUCAAUGCCGCAGAAGCGAUACUACAGACAGCGAGCCCAUUCAAACCCGAUGGCUCACCACACGUUUGACUAUCCUUUGUGUCCGGAGGAAAUGGACUGGUCCAAGCUGUAUCCAGACUUCUUCACUGGAGACCUGUGUGAGAAAGAGACCCCGCGAGUAGAGUUUGCAGACAUUGGAUGUGGAUACGGGGGGCUUUUAGUGGAGUUAUCUCCACUUUUCCCAGACAAGCUGAUGCUGGGCAUGGAGAUCCGGGUCAAAGUGUCCGAUUACGUCCGGGAUCGUAUCCAAUCAUUGCGCACCUCUGAACCUGGAAGCUACCAGAACAUCGCCUGCAUUCGUAGUAAUGCGAUGAAGUAUCUCCCCAACUUCUUCUGUAAAGGACAGCUCAGUAAGAUGUUCUUCCUCUUCCCUGACCCGCACUUUAAGAAGACCAAGCACAAAUGGAGGAUCAUUAGUCCCACGUUGCUGGCAGAGUAUGCCUACACACUGAGAGUCGAGGGUUUGGUGUAUACCAUCACAGAUGUGGAGGAAGUCCACCUCUGGAUGGUGAAGCACUUCACUGAACAUCCACUGUUUACACGUGUCCCUGAUGAAGAACUGGUUGGCGACAUCAUCAUAACUCGUUUGGGUACAUGUACAGAAGAAGGAAAGAAAGUGCAGAGAAACGGAGGGAAGAAUUUCCUCGCAGUUUUCCGGAGGAUUGAGGAUUCAAACUAAGACCAAACAGUUUGGACGUGCAGGAAGCUGGAAUAAUGGUCUUACGCAGUCAUUCAGACAUGGACUGCAUGGGUGAUACUGCUCUGUGGAGAGGCUGUGGUUUGUUCCCCAGGCAGAUGAACAGUGGUGUUUUUUUUUUUUUUUUUUCUGGAA